UACCAACACCGGGAAUGUCACGAAUCAGAAACCUCCAAACGACGCACUUUUCUGCUGUUUAUAUAUGUGUGAUUUAUUAAGAGGAGGUGAAAAACGAGCAUUCCGCGAGGUAAAAUUGUCAACUUUAUUCCUCGUUGCUGUAGAAUAUACGCGUACAACAAUCCGUAUCUUUUGCGUCUCCGCUGGGAAAAUGAAGUUGCUUCAGGUGCUCGCCGCAUCCAAUGGACAUUUUAACAACAACAUCGUCGUCUCUGAGCUCACAAACGUCUGCCAACCCAAUGCUUCCCUUCUGUUCACUUCGGUCCCAGUUUAAAGAUUCUGACAUGGACCAUGAGAGGCCUAAUGUCGAGACCAUUAAAUGUGUAGUGGUGGGCGACAAUGCUGUGGGCAAAACGCGACUGAUCUGUGCCCGAGCAUGCAACGCCACUCUAACACAGUACCAGCUGCUUGCCACGCAUGUGCCUACUGUCUGGGCCAUUGACCAGUACAGGGUAUGCCAAGAGGUUCUGGAGCGCUCUAGAGAUGUAGUGGAUGAUGUAAGCGUGUCUCUUCGGUUAUGGGACACCUUUGGAGAUCACCACAAAGACCGCCGAUUUGCAUAUGGCAGGUCAGACGUGGUGGUUCUGUGCUUCUCCAUCGCCAACCCCAAUUCUCUGUUUCAUGUGAAGACAAUGUGGUACCCAGAGAUCAAGCACUUCUGCCCUCGUGCCCCAGUCAUCCUGGUUGGAUGCCAGUUAGACCUGCGUUAUGCUGACUUAGAGGCUGUUAACAGGGGUCGGAGACCUCUUGCAAGACCCAUCAAAGCCAAUGAGAUUCUUCCUCCUGAGAAGGGUCGAGAGGUGGCCAAAGAGCUGGGCAUACUGUACUACGAGACCAGCGUGGUGGCUCAGUUUGGAGUUAAGGACGUGUUUGACAACGCCAUCCGUGCUGCACUCAUCUCACGGCGUCACCUACAGUUCUGGAAAUCACACUUACGGGAUGUCCAGAGGCCCCUCUUGCAGGUGCCCUUUCUGCCUCCCAAACCUCCCCCACCCGUCAUAACCAUCCCGGCACCCCCCUCCACCACCGAGGAGCCCCCGGGCCGGUUGCUGGAGGAGCCACUAUGUGCUGAUGUGGUUCUGGUCCUCCAAGAGCACCAGAGAGUCUUUGCUCAUAAGGUCUACCUUGCAACGGCCUCCUCUAAAUUCUAUGACCUUUUCCUUGAGGAUGUGAAAGCUGAGGCAAAAGGCAGGCAACCUCCGGGACAUGAGCCCCCCACUCGGGCAGCCAGCUUUGCUAUGUGUGAGAGCAGCGAUGAAGAUAGCAUUGGAAUUGGGGCUGACUCAGAUGGGAUCUUGGAGAGCGGUCGUGGAGGAAGGCUGUUGUGUUCAUUGGGGCGUGCUUUCGUAAGCAUCAAGAGAGAAACUGUGCAAGACCCCAUCACGUUCAUCUCUCGGCCGAUGACUGUAGUACAUAUGGACCCUUCAGUGUUGCAUGGGCCGUUUCGCGUGGUGAUGCGUUACCUGUACACAGGACAGUUGGACGAACAUGAGAAGGACCUGAUGCAUAUCGCUCGUAUAGCUGAGCUCCUGGAGGUGUUUGAUUUGCGCAUGAUGGUUGCCAACAUCCUCAACAAUGAGGCCUUCAUGAAUCAGGAGAUCACAAAGGCUUUCCACGUGCGACGGACCAAUCGGAUGAAGGAAUGCCUGGCUAAAGGAACAUUCUCAGAUGUGGUGUUUAAACUGGAUGAUGGCACCGUUCAAGCUCACAAACCACUGCUUAUUUCAAGCUGUGAUUGGAUGGCAGCCAUGUUUGGUGGGCCAUUUGUCGAAAGCUGUACUAAAGAGGUGUUGUUCCCGAACACAACCCGUAGUAGUAUGCAGGCAGUGCUGGAAUAUCUCUACAUGGGACGCUUCUGUUCUAGACCUGACCUGGAUGCCAUGGAGCUCAUUAUUUUGGCCAAUCGCCUCUGCCUGCCUCAUCUGGUUGCCCUCACAGAGCUUCAUACUGUUACGGUUCUGAAGGAGGCAUCUGCCACUGGCACAGACAUAGAUGGAGAUGUGCUAGUAUAUCUAGAAAUGGCUCAGUUCCACUGUGCCUACCAGCUCACCGACUGGUGCCUUCACCACAUCUGCACCAACUACAACAACGUGUGCCGCAAAUUCCCCAGGGAUAUGAGGGCCAAAUCAACAGAGAACCAAGAAUACUUUGAGAAGAACCGCUGGCCACCAGUUUGGUAUCUAAAAGAAGACGACCACUAUCAGAGAGCACGCAAAGAACGAGAAAAGGAGGACUACUUGUCCCAGAAGCGGCAGAGCAAGCGUAAAUGGGUGCUCUGGAACAUUCCGCCCUCACCAUCAAACCCCUCCUCCUCUUCCUCCUCAGGUUCUUCAGCCAUCAUCUGAAGGGAUGUGAGAGUGAAGACUUCAAGAUGGAGAAACUUUAAGGUGCAGUCUUGCACCUUUUUCAACAAAUCCUGCUUUUUCCACAGGGUUGACAUCUCAACUGGUAUUAGAUCAGAGUUUAUCAACCCUGUUUUGUUGUUAUUGGUGCUUGAAGUGCUACACUUCAAAGUGUGCAGCCAUCACAUACAUAGGACAUGGGUGCCAAACAGGUCUAUAUUUUUAUGUUAAAUGUUUACUGAUUGCAAGUAAGUAGUCUUGUAAACUUUCUGCUUGUUUUGAAGUAGGCAUUUCAGGGUCAGAUACCUCCAUGAACAUCACCACGGAGUGCAUGUAACCUUCUCAUUCCAAAAUGUUGAAGAAACUCUUAGCGUACAGAAUAUUAUUUGUCUGUUUCUCUGGAUCUCAACUGUAGUUUCAGGACCUAGAUUUUAGAUUUGACAUCAAGUACCUACAUGACACAGUACAAAAUGUAAUUUAGAUGGUUUCAUGCUCUUGGCAGCAAAUCAUUCUCCACACAAAAUACAUGUUUGCAUGUCAUGCAACCUGUCAAUGUUGACGUCUACCUACUUCAACUAGCUUCUACCAAGUAACCAAUGAAUUUGCACCAAAAUACUAGAGUUUGAUAGGUUGCAUGUCUCUGAUGUCAUCAGCAAAUAAUUGAUUUCUCCUACCAUUAAAAAGUGUAAAUAUGUUGCUUUCUUAUUUUUUUUUAAUUUAUUUUUUUUUAAUUAGUUGCAUUUAGCAUAGUUUUUCCCCAUUUACUGCAAACCUUUCAAAACAAGCCUGCGAACAAGCAGUUGAGAACCUCUGAUCUACGUUGCAUUAAAAGCCGUUUUGCCUCAAGCAAUCGAGAAAGCAGAACUGUGGUACACUGAAUUCAUUGAAAACCUCAUAUCUCAAGAAUACAGUCACCCCAAGAACAAAAAUAGUCCUUUUUGUAAAAAAGUCCUGUGCAAUUUUUGUUAAUUUUUAGCAUUGUUCCUACAAAUGACUCUUUGUGAUUCAUCCCCUGAAUCAUAUCGUAUAUUAUUCUGAUUGUAACAGGCAUGACCACCAUGUGAUCAAUAGACUCUAGAGUUGAAAUGUAUUGGAAAAUAUUAUAUUUCAUUAACUACUUAAUUGUGCCUAGUCCUCUUAUUUUAAGAUGUCAUGGCAAAACUCUGCUGGCAGAGUUUGUGUGUGUGUAUUUCUCAAUAGAUGAUCAUCAAGCUAUUUUACUACAUCAUAGUUUGGACAUUGAAAGGAGUGACAAACAUUUACAUAUUUACACAAUAAAGGCAACAAAAGUUUCCUUGAAUUCCAUUUUACUACCAAGGAGAUUCCAUGUGAUAAUGUUUCUUGAGUUUUAUGUGAGGAAUCUAGUGUGCUCAGAAUCAGAUUAACUGUCGGUGACAGAUCUUGUGAUAAUCCUGUAUAUCGUCUGUCAGUAUGUUCCACCUGUGUUUUAAUUGUCUUUUGAAAUGUCAUGAUGUAGUGUUUGUACUGAAUACAUAAUAUCAUACAAUCAACUGUUUCUUUA